CUGUCAAUCACAGGCCAAACCAAGAUGGCAGGCUGCGGGAGCUGGGUCUUCCUUCUGACAGUUUGUGCCGCCACUUUGUUUGGGGCCAAUGCAGAGAUCAAAUUCAGCAUUCCUGUGGGGAAGCUAUUUACAUACGAGCUGAUGAGAGAGACGUUCCAGAAUGACUUUGAGCCUUUGUCAAAACUCUACGCCGGACGUUUGUACGAUGACCCCAUGAUUUUUAAGUGCAACAGGCAGAACUUCCCAGACCUCCCAGAGUGGCUGCGCUUCACCCAAAGACACCCCUUUGACAACGGCUUUCUGUACGGCACGCCAACAUCUCCGGGAAAAAGCAUAAUUGAGAUCUAUGCCGUCAACAAACGCAGCUACGAAACAGCCAGACACAUCCUCGUGAUCAAAGUCACCGCAGAGAACAUGCUGCCCUACCAGGCUGAGUUCUUCAUCAAGCUGCGGGAGAUUGAAAAGGUGCUGCCCUCUUCUGUCCAGGAUGAGAUAAAGCAGGAUCUCCAGAAGCUGUGGGGCACCGAGGCCUUGGAAAUAGUCAACAUCUCCAACGCCCUCGACCGCGGGGGCAGAGUUCCUCUUCCUCUCGCUGGACACUUUGAAGGUGUGUAUGUGAAGGUCGGGUCGGAGAAGUAUUUCUCAGAGUGUCUUCAGAGAGUCCUGACACCGGAGCACCAGAGGCAGUGCACCACAGGAGCCAAAGUCAAGGUUCCUGGAGGCUGCAACUACUGCAACAUUCCCAGCAACUGUAUCUCCUGGUGCAAGACGGAGCUGUUCGACCUGACAAAGCUGGAGCCGGAGCCACCUGCUCCCACCGUGGGCUCUGGGAUUUUGGAGGCUGGGAUUGACUUCGACCCUCCGGAGUCCCCCCCCAGCAGAGACUUCUUCCCGGAUUACAUGGUGACAGUGAUCGUGCCGCUGAUCCUCGCCAUCCUCCUGUGUGCGCUGCUGGCCUACAUCAUGUUCUGCAGACGAGAGGGAGUUGCUAAAAGGAAUGCAAGAUCAAACCAGAUCCAGCUGUACCACCACCACACCAUUCACGGGAACACCGAUGAACUGAGGAACAUGGCAGGAAACCGAGGCGCCCAACCGCCUCUGUCCACGCUGCCCAUGUUCAACUGCCGGACUGGAGAGAGAGCCUCACCGCUGCAGUCGGACAGCCCCAGCAUCCCCCUCAUCAUGGCCCAGCAUGACCCGUACAGCGACACACUGCCCAGGAAGUGAGAACAACGGUAGAUGAAAAUGUGUUUAAUAUGCUGAGUUUUAUUCAUUUGCUGCCACAGUUUAUGCUUCUAUAUUUGCAGUGGAAUGUUUUUUCUCCUUUGUGUUCCUUUAAAAUAAAUGAACAGUGUGCAAUAGCUCAAAUUGUUA